CAGAUCGAGCUGCUAUUAUAAUAACCCUAUUAUAUUGUAUCCGACGUAAAAUCUUGUAACAGAACAGAACAGCUUUAUCCAUCUUCUCUUUAAGUAAUUGUACAGUUACUUCCCAUGACUUCUGCAACGCCAUUUGUGAAGAUAAACUGUCAUGGCUGUUAGAUAGACUCAGAUAUUUUCAGGCUCAGAUAUUAGAUUUUAAGGAACCUUUACUGGCUGUAGAUGUGCUAUGAUGAGUGAUCAGGCCAGUAGUAACACUAGUGUUGAUCUGGCUACCAUAACAACAGUGGUGUCAUCUCUUCAGAGAGUAGUUGCAGAUUUCUAUGGUCCUCAGUGUACACAGACCCUGCUCACUUCACAGACAGGAAAAGCAGUUGUGACUAGUGAUGGUUUCUCAAUAUUACAAGCUCUACAACCAGAUCAUCCUGUCGCACAGGUAGUCUUCAAAGCCUUGAAAAGAUAUCACUCGGUGACAUUGGACGGUUGUAAAACAUUUCUGAUCUAUCUUGCUAACUUUCUUGUUCAUUUACAAGAAGAAAUUAAUCUUGGUAAAUUUUAUCACAAUGGGACAAAUGUUUCAUCUAGCAAACAUGACCUUGAGAAGCAAGGGACCAUUUGUGCAAGAAAAUAUGUGAGGCAGAUGAAGCAAAAUGUUCUGCCAAUUUUAUUUGAUAAGUUAAGACUAAACAGUGAUACACUGGCAAAUAAAAUGUUAAAAGAAAUGGACAUGACAGAUGUGCUGAAACAUAUACUUCAAACAAGCCUAAUGCCACAUUAUAAUCCAAAACUUUGUGAUCACUUUGCUGAUCUUCUUAUUUCCAUUUUGCCAAAUGAGUGUUGGGAUAAAUCUUUUGCACAGAUCAUGCAGUUUCUGGUAGAUAAUUUCUUUGAUAUUAAUAUAAAAGUUCCAGGCACACCAUAUGGAGAAUGUAGUCAAGUUGACCCUUUUCUGCUCAACAGAGAUUUUGCUCUGAGAUGUGAUAACUUGCUUUCAUUGAGUCAGGUCUCCAUGGUGAUACUAAAAGGAAAUAUAGAUGGCGGUGACUUGGAGGAAGAAUCUCAGGAAUGUUUUCUAGUAAAGCAGACAGGACAGAUGAUUAACUACAUACACCACAGAAGAAAGGUGGUGGAAAGAUUUGCUCACACGUGUGCUUCCAAACAAAUUGAUCUCAUUAUUUGCACACAGGCUAUACCUGGAUAUGUGAUUGAUGUGUUCCGACAAAGGAAUAUUUCUGUUAUAGCAAACGUUGCAGAAAAAGAUGCAGACCUGCUGGAAAUUUUGACUGGAAAACUGCCAUUUAGUAAUGUCAGUGAUGGCAUAGAAAUACAGAAUGUUAUUCACUUAACUGGUAUAUGUGAACUUAUAGUAGGAGGUAAAAAGUAUGUGCAGCUGAAAGUUAGUAACAUAAGUUACCCUGUCAAACAUUUGAUUGUGUGUGCUCCAACCAUAGGACUGUGUGAUCAGUUAGCAGUCGCCCUUCAGAAAGCUCUAAAUUCUGUCGGGAUGUGCUAUGUUCAAGGAGUCAUUCAGGGUGUGAAAAACAAUGACAAAAACUUCACAGAGAACCACGACACAGAAGAAUUGGAUAAAGAUCUAGAAAAAGAUCUAGAAGAAUCAGAUUGUCUCUCGAAAUCAUUCAAACAAGAAAAUGUGGAUCCUAAUGUCAAGAUUGUAGAGUCUUCAGUCACUGACUUGAGUGAAAUGUUUGCAAAUCUUGGUAUACCCAGCACAGGUCAGAAUGACAAAUUAUGCAUAGUUGAAGGAGGUGGCAGUUUCGAAAUACUUGUUAUGAAAGUGUUACAUGAUUUAUAUGACAGCUGUACUGAUUCAAAUCUUUCUUUGAUGUGUAAAAUACUGGAGAGAACUAUGAUUUCAUUGGUUAAAAAAUUGUUUCAAAACACCAGCUGUUGUAGAUCACAGUCACAAAGUACAAGAGGGUUUAUUGAAGUUAAGACUGUACUUGACGAGAAAGUUUCAUGUGGGAAACUUUGGGGGCUGAAUAGAAGAGGGAUGCCAUGUAAUAUGUCAGAUAAAGGGAUUAUAGAACCAUUGAUGUGUAAAAUUCAUAUGUUGUACUGUGUGCUAAAUCUGGCUGAACAAUUACUAGGAAUAGAUGAAAUUGUUAGUGUGAGAAAAAUUGAAAACGAGGAGGCUGUAUAGGGUUGUUUAUUACGAAUAUAUUAAAGUACCUUUUUGUGUCACAAAUGAAGAUAAAUCUUUCAAAGAUUAAAUUAUCAUGAAUAUGUGACUGUGUUUGAAUCUGUACUUACAAUUUGUUCUCUUUGAACUGCAUUGGUUCGCAAAAGAAGUGUCAGGUCUACUAUUUGAUCCCCUAAUUUUGCAACAGGGGACCUACAUAAUGACGCACAGCUUGUUUAUUUUUGGUAAAGAAAUUGUCUAAAAGAAACCCCAUUCUUUAAGAGUUAGUGAAUAAAAAGUAGUUAAACUGUU